AUGAGUUUUGUUCCACUGGUCGGCUGGCUCGUCGCCGCUACAGUGCUAUGGCUUGCUGCUGCGGCGAUUUCUUCCAGAGCUCGCCUGUCCGGAGGACCCCCUACACUUCCCUUUAUUGGGAAUAUGCAUCAGCUCCCUCGAGCUGGGAUACACCUACACUUUACCAAAUGGGCUAAAAAAUACGGCGCCAUCUUACCGAUCAAGAUCGGCCGGGGGACCAUGGUCGUCCUCUCCUCACCCCAUGACGCCGUCCAAAUCCUUGACAGGCAAGCGGCAUAUACAAGCCACCGCCCACCAUCGUAUAUCCUCGGAGAGCUCGUCUUCAAAGGGGACCACCCCAUGUUCAUGGACGCAGACGAGCGGUGGAAACUCCGCCGCAAGCUCUACUUCCAGCUCGUCAACGAGGCCCGGUGCAACGCCGAACACCUCGGUCUCAUUGAGGCCGAAGCAACGCAGCUGCUCCUUGAUAUCUGUCUCGAGCCGGAGUCACUGAUGUACCACCCUGGUCGGUAUAGCAAUAGUAUUAUCAUGAGUUUGGUCUUCGGCAUCCGCACGCCCAGAUACGACACCCCCCAUUAUCUCGAGCUCCAGCGGGUUGUUACUGAGAUGAGUGGUCUCGGUGAAAUCGGCGCCAGUCCGCCAGUUGACUGGCUGCCGGUGCUCAAGUACGUCCCCGAGCGAUUCUGGGGCAAUUGGCGGACUCGCGCUGCGAGUCUCCGGAAACGUAUUCUCGACUUGCACGCGCCGCUCGUGGAGCGUGUGAUUGAACGGCGCAGGAAUGAAAUCGGGCAUCACGGCUCGUUCAUCGAUGGCGUGCUCGAUCAACAGGAUAAACUACAGCUCGCAAAGACGGAGAUUGAAAUCAUGUGUGGAAAUCUGCUGGAGGGGGGCACGGACACGAUGGCCACGACGCUUCUGGUCUUCUGCCAGGCUAUGGCUACUAAUCCGCACGUCCAGGAGGAGGCCCAGCGAGAGAUGGACGCGGUCGUGUCCGAUACCGAGAUGCCAUGCUGGAACCACCGCGAGAAACUGCCCUACAUCACUAUGAUCACCAAGGAGCUCCUGCGCUGGCGACCCCCAGCACCAGAGUCCUUCCCUCAUGCUCUCGCCAAAGACGCCGAAAUCGGGGGCACAAGAUUCCCCAAAGCCACGGCCCUCAUCAUCAAUAUCUGGGGCAUCCACCACGACGCGAAGACCUAUAUCAACCCGUCGACAUUCGACCCCAGCCGCUUCGCCCACCAGCCCCAUCCGGCAUCUGUCUACGCAAACUCCCAGGACGCCAGCAAGCGCGACCACUUUGGCUACGGUAUCGGGCGGCGCAUCUGCCCCGGCAUCCAUCUCGCCGAACGCGCCCUCUUCGUUGCGGUUGCGAGGAUGGUCUGGGGUCUUACGAUCCGGCUGCAGAAGGAUGAGCAUGGUGAUCCGAUUCCGCUGGAUGUGAGCCCGGAGACGGCGUACUCAGAAGGCUUUUUGAAUCAGUGUCGGCCGUUUAAGGUGGAUGUGAGCCCACGGUCGGAGGGGAGGAAGGAUGUUAUUCUGACGGCUAAGGCUACGGCUGACUUCGAUGUCUUUGCGAAAUAUUCGUAG